GACAAUAGGUGGCCUAUCCCGAGCGCCCGUGCUUGCGCGCGUGUCGGAAAAAACGCGCGAGGGCGAAAGCGAGCUGUUCGUGGGUGGGGAGGAAAGCCGGAGUUCGGCGCGGAGUCUUUCCAGGCGUGGGGCCUCCAAUUUCUGCAGCAUGUGGUCUGGUCACGGAGGUUAUGACAGCAAUUAUGGCAACUAUACACAAUCACCUGGAGGAUUUACAUCGCCUUCUGCAACCCAAGGCGAAAGAAAAUCAAGGUCAAGAUCACAAAACAUCGUUCCCUGUACAGUAUCACAACUAUUUUCAGCUGAACAAGUGGAUGAUGUUUUUAGGGUCCGUGAAGUUGAACUUUCACAGGUUAUUAUUGUGGGCAUAAUCAGGCAUGCUGAAAAAGCUCCAACAAAUAUUCUCUACAAAGUGGAUGACAUGACUGCAGCCCCAAUGGAUGUGAGGCAGUGGGUCGACACUGAUGAGGAGGGGAGUGAAAAUGUGGUUGUUCCACCAGGAACCUAUGUGAAAGUAGCUGGUCAUCUGCGAUCUUUCCAGAACAAAAAGAGCCUGGUUGCAUUCAAGAUUAUGCCCCUGGAAGAUAUGAAUGAAUUUACUACACAUCUGCUUGAAGUUGUCAACGCACACAUGGUCCUCAGAAAAAGUAACACGCCCCAAUCUUCAAAGAUACCUCAGUCCUUUGGUGUAUUUGAGACAAGCAGUAUGUCAAAUGCCGGAGGAAAUGAUUCCUUGACAAUGCAUGGUCUUACACCACACCAGAGUCAGGUUCUGAAUUUAAUUAAAAGCUGCAUGACAACUGAAGGAAUAAGUCUUCAUGAUCUGAAAUCUCAGUUGCAUAAUAUUAAUCUACAAACGCUCAAGAAAGCUGUUGAGUUUCUUAGCAGUGAGGGACAUAUAUAUUCCACUAUUGAUGAUGAACAUUUCAAGUCUACAGAUGCUGACUAAGUUCUGACUGAUUUAUAAUAAUCCAAUUUUUUAUAAGAUCCAAGACUGUUUUGCCUGAUUUAAGUCUCAAAGUAUUUCUUGAUGAUGACACAUAAGACUGAAUGGGACAUGGGCACAUAUCUAGAACAGAUGCCUCUAUCCAGCUGUUUUGUGGAGAGGGGGAAUGCCAUGGUUUAAGACUCUUUGUGCCUUUUUCUGUUAAUGGAAUCCUUUAAAAAAAGUAGUUUAUUUGCAGUAGAUAUUCAGUCUACAAUGAUUUACAUUUCACAGAAACUCUGGAAUGUCAAGAUGUUUUAACUUUGCUCCAGCUUCUGUUUUCUUCUAAAUAUGCAAUUUUGUACACCAGAACCCCCAUAACUUUGUAUAAUUAUACUAUGCAGUCUUGUACAAUAUUGGGUUUUUGCCUAGCUCAGAGAUCAUACUUACAUAAUUAUGUAAUUUAAUUUUAGGAUGGAUUCUUUCACUGCAAAUAGUAGGUUAAGAUUUAUUCUUAGUUUAACAAUUUUAUUUUAAAUUCAGGAGCAGAAUUAACACAUAUACUGGAAUCUGAUUUGAUUAUUCAUACAGAAAUGUAACAAGCACAUACAGGGACAUAAAUGUAGAUUACAUACUCAAAUUCUGGCUGAGAAUGUAAAGAUUUUUGAAAGUUAAGAUGAAAAUGCUAACAUCUAAUACAUGUAAAAAUAUAAUAAAAUCUUGCUGUUCUGAAAAUA